AGACAAGAAAUAACAUUUUACCCUCUUUUCAUUUAGUAUUUACAAAACACUCAAAACCGAUGCAGUGGCCACUAUAUAUUGUUUCAAGUCUUAGCGGUUAAGAAAACACUAAAAAAGCCCCAUUACUUCAGCAGUUUUGAAACAGUUCUUUAGUUAGGCCUAUGUCAGUAUGUGAAGUGCCAAAUGGGAGAACUGGGUGUUACUAUUUGAAUAGAUAAGUACUAGCCGUUAGAUUAGGUAAACUACACGUGGAAAACUACAGGGGUCACAAUCAAGACUUUUUUUCACUUAGAAACUAAGCUAUUGCAUAUUUUUAACACGAUAACCAUACCUUUGACCAAUUUAACAUUUUUCGUCUGCAUUAUGAUCCCAUGUUCAGUCAAAUUCUUCCCUUAACAACCUGAUGUAGUGACUAGUUGCACGUUUGUCUUGAUGAGAAGUUCAAGCUGCCCGGCACCAUGUUACGCUGGUCUUGGUCGUUGGAGCAUAAUUCUACUGCUAAAAUCAAAAGUCAAGGUUCCCACAACUAAGUGGAAAGAUGCUUUUGACCAUUUAAACAUCGCGCAUGAACUCCUUUUGUUGGCUUGACUAAGGAUUUCUUUGAUAUUUAUCUCUGAACAAGUUACCUAGUUAUUGAAAAAGUGGAGGUGGUGAAUGAAGCAAAGGAACCAUUGGACUCCAGCUAAAGCUGCCUUUGGAGAGAAAGAGUGGUACUUUUUCAGUCCUAGAGAUCGAAAGUACCCAAAUGGAGCUAGGCCAAACAGAGCAGCUGCAUCCGGGUAUUGGAAGGCCACAGGCACCGAUAAAAUCAUUCUGGCCUCAUCAGUGGCAACCGGAGGGGUAGGAGCAGGAGCUCAGGAAAACAUUGGUGUGAAGAAGGCUCUUGUCUUCUACAAGGGAAGGCCUCCUAAGGGAGUCAAGACCAAUUGGAUCAUGCAUGAAUAUCGCCUUGCAGAUAGCCCCAACACUUUGAAUAACAACAAACCAAUGAAGUCUAGAGACUGUUCCAUGAGGUUAGAUGAUUGGGUUCUUUGCCGGAUCUAUCGAAAGUCCCAUGUGUCUUCGCCAACAUCAAAUGCAGCAGCAAGUGAUCAAGAAGAAGAAGAACAAUUUUUCCAAGAUACCCUUUUACCAAUCCUUAAAACUCCUCCAAACCACAACACCUUGAGGUCUCAGAAUUCUUCUUCAUUCUCAAACUUACUAGACGCCAUGGAUUACUCAAUGCUGAGUAAUUUUCUAUCAGACAAUCAAAUGAAUCAAGCAGGACUCGAAUCCGCUCCAAUGUUCACUCCUGGGAUUCUCGACCAGCCUGUUUUCAACAACGGAGCCAACAGCAGUGGCCAUAACAGUAGCUACUUUUAUCAAAAACUGCCUCCGUUGAACUCUGCAGUCCCAAACCUGGAGAACAAGCUCAAGCGCGCACAUUCAAAUUCAAACGUUGAUGAUAACAUGUUGCACCCAUCAAAGAAGUUCAUCAAUUCUCGCAUUUUCACUAAUACAACUGAUCAAACUGAUCCCCAGUACAACUUAGUACACCAGCCAUUCUUGAAUCAGCAAUUACUUUUGAGUCCACAUCUUCAGUUUCAAGGAUAAGUGAAAACAACCUAAAGAGCGAAAACAAAAAAAAGAAUCAUCAUCUAAAAGGAAAGAAAAUUAGAAUAACAAAAUGCUGAGCUAGCCAAAGCCUGGAGGAAGUUGUGUAUAGAUUUCUGUGUGAUUUCUUUUUUUUUUUUUUUUUUUUUUUUUUUUAAUUUUGUGUUGGAAAAUGACGAAGUUGGAUUAGAACCAUUGAACUUCUUGUAUGGUAUCAAAAGCAGAAGGUACCGUUAUAAAGUCAAAAAGUUGGUGGAAAAAAAUUACACCAAAGGAGUUUGUAAGGAAUCAGAUAUCUUGAUUUUGUAAACAAAUUAUAUAUAAAAAUGGUUGAAAUUGGCAGAUCA